AUUUCAUGUGACGUUUGCGACUGCGCAUGUGUGCGGAAGUAGGUGAUCUGCCAUCUUUCCAACUCACCGACACCUGUAAAUAAAUCCAGGAAAUUGUGGGAGUCAGACACAAACUUCAUCUAUUCUUCGGUCUUGGGUUGCUUGAUAUUUAGUUAUGUCAGACUUUGACAGCAAUCCUUUCGCCGACCCAAAUGCGGCAAGCCCGUUUGCGGACCCCUCAGUACAGCAGGCAACGCAGGGAAGGCCAGGUGGAAGACAAGGAGGACUAGACGACUACAAUCCAUUUGCUGAUGGAGGCAACCAGACCCGGCCUGCUGCAGGGACCGAGGACAAGAAAUCAAAGGAAAAGAAAAAAGAGGAUAAAACGGGACAGAACGGAGGUGGUAUUCCCCCUCCCCAGCCCUCACAGCCCGGGGGUCAGCCGGCCAUCAUGCAGCCGUCGGAGGAGCCUCCACCGUACUCCGCCAGCUCUGCUCAGAGAGUCAACACAGAGGACCUUCAGAAACGACAAGAGGAACUUGAGAAGAAGGCAGCGGAACUCCAGAGGAAGGAACAGGAGAUGAGAAACAUGCAGUUUCAAGAACGCCAGAACAAUUGGCCCCCAGUACCUAGCUGUUGUCCUGUUGGCCCAUGCUUUUACCAAGACUUCAGCGUCGAUAUUCCACUUGAAUUCCAAAGGACAGUCAAACUUGUCUACUAUUUAUGGAUGUUUUACUGUAUAACUCUGUUCCUGAACGUGCUGGGAAGUCUUGCCUACUUCAUUGCGGACGGGGAUGGUGGCGCCACGUUUGGUUUGUCCCUCGUCUGGUUUGUGCUGUUUACCCCUUGUUCCUUCAUCUGUUGGUACAGACCACUGUACAAAGCUUUCAGGAGUGACAGUUCCUUCAACUUCUUUGUUUUCUUCUUUAUCUUCUUUUUCCAAUUCAUCGUCUGUGUAAUCCAGGCAUUAGGAAUUACAAACUUUACAGUUGGUAUCAUUGGCGGACUGUCCAUUGUUGGAGACAACAUAGCGGCAGGGUUAAUCAUGAUAUUUGUUGGAAUAUUCUUUGGCCUGACAGCCACUGUUGGGCUGUUUGUGUUGGGCAAGGUACAUAGAAUAUACCGAAGUACAGGAGCUAGCUUUAACAAAGCUCAGAUGGAGUUCUCUCAAGGUGUGAUGAAGAACGAGGCUGUGCAGAAUGCAGCAUCGAAUGCAGCGCAAGGAGCGGUCAAGGGAAUGGCCAACCAGUACGGCACGUCAAACAAGUACUAGACCACAUACCCCGCUGACAAAACUGCACCCUCUCCAGUAGUAUAAGUGUUCUCAGAAUCGCUGGCGACCGGACUGUCGCAGCACUGAUAUUGAGAUAUUCGAGAAUAGUUCUGUCUGUUGUGAUGUAGGUGGAACAAGUUGUACCUUGGAGAUAGAGCCGGGGUAUUGAGUAUGUGUUUAUGAUAAAUGUUGGGGGCCGAUCCUGUGACGCCCCGGUGAUGGUACUCUUGGAUAGCAUUGUUGUGUUUGUUCAAUUCUGAUCUCCGUCAUGUGGUCAGGAAAAUUUCCAAUACAAAACUUAUGGCCGGGUAUCAAAUUGUUAUCAACCAUAAAAAUGGUUUACUCCGUAUAUAUGUAGAACAGAUAUUAAUUUUAGACUCUCACUUUAGAAAUUGAUAUUGUAUGUGAAUAGAUAUUGCUGUAGGAUCAUAAAACUAUUUCUUUGUUUUUAAACGUAAAUAUACAAAAUCAAAGCAAGAUGAAAAUUCUACAAUAAAUGUUUUAGUAUGAUGCAAAAGCAUUCCACAGCAAUUAAAAUUUUAAGUCGCUAACCCACUACGGUUUAAAACUUUGAGAUGAAGUAAGAAUAAACAUUCAGUUUAAAAUUGUUACACUUCUACAAUUUCUGAAGAAAAAUGUUGGCAUUGUAAAGAGAAUUGGCAAUAUAUAAGCUAUAAAGAGGUUGUUCAGAAAAAAGGAACUUUGAAAUAUAAUGACAGUGACUGAGGUUGCAAUUGAAUCACGGGGCAUUAUAUCAAGGUUUUACUGAAUGUGAUGAAUUGUCGACAAACUUACCAAUGCUAUUUGAGAUCUGUAGUGAGAAAAAAAUGUAGAGAGAUUGUUUUAAGUCUUAUAUUCCAUGAAUUAAUUUUACGCUGUAUCAUGAUGUGUGUAUAUGAUUGAGCGGUGAACCGUUGUCAGCAGACAACCCCGUUAAGUGUGAAAGACAAGCUUAAGUUAUUAAUGUUACAGCACUGUGAACCUGUUCAGUUUGUUCUUUAAGAAAGAUGGGACGGACAGGAAAUACAAACUGGAAUCCAAUGGUUUUUAAUUUGGCAGUAGCCACGUGGACCAAAUCCACGGGGAAUGUUGUCUUUCUAUGAAAAAUUGAAGACAUAGUAACUUCUUUUGAUAAAUAUUCAUAAAUCAGAAAUGGAAAAAAGCUAUAAUUCACUAUCUCAUACAUAUGUGUGAUAUGAUUUCCAGAGUUUCCAGCUCUUUGUCUGGGUUUGUAGUUUAUGUCCUGAUGUCCCGUUGUGUGUGUGAUGGGUAUCUGUGUUAACUCCUUGUGUGUCACAAAAAGUCACUCUCUUAGCCAGAUAGAAAUUGUCAUUUUGUUCCCAGUUACGUUUUUUUCCCUCGGGGAUAGAGGGAUAUAUAAAUUAUAUAUAUAUAUAUAUACAAAUAAUUAUUAUUCGUAAAGCAAGGCUGUGUCAUUAUACUUGUUGUUAAGUGCUAUUUAUGCGUAAAAUUCCGUACUGACCAAUUGGUUUAGGUCAACUCGGACUGGAAUGAUUUUUAACUUCCAACAGUUGCUUUGAUGCAAACACCAGUUAUUGGUGACGUAAGAAAAUAUACCCAUUGGAUCAUUCAUUAAUAAAAAAAAAUACUAAGCAGGCAGAAAAUAACGAAGCCUGAAAAAAAUACACAUUCUUUUAACAGAAAAUUUAAAAGCAAUAAAUUAACACAGAAGCUAUUAGGCAAAACCAUAAAUUUUCCUUUGUGUGGUUAUAAUUUCUAUCUAUUGAAAUUGAAAUUUCUUGCACUCAAUCAGGUAGCGUACGGGACACCCAUUUUAAUUCUGUAAAUGCUGUUGUCUUCUGUUUUUGAUGUUGUUGUAUAUAUGGACGAUGUCAUUUUUACUGGGCUGUGUACAUUGUCAUUGUUAGCUUUGUUCAAGGAGUUCAUACAAACAAAGUGUGAAACAUCCGUAGUCAUCCGUAAAUAAUCCAAGUUAUGUGAUGUAAUAUUUCUGUUAGAUUCAAUGUCUGUAGUGAAAAUGCUGCUUUUAUUUCAAUAUAGCGUAAACAAAUAUUGGAUGAGAAGAUGAAGAACGUGCGAUGUCUUGAAUGAUUAAAAGGCAACAUGAAAUACAACAUUUGUUUUUGUGAGUCAUCUUCACUGGAAUUUGAAUUUUAGUACUUAUAUAACAUUGUGAUUGACCUUAUAAAACAUGUUUUCUACUUUUAUUGAAUCUGAUUUUUGAUGUAAACAAUCCUCCAUUUGAUCUGGUGUUUCUAGGUAUAUAAAUCAAGUCUAUUAAUUUGUGUACGGGCACUGCCUUUGUUUAUAGCUUCCCAAAUGUUCAGACAGGAGUUUUACAUUCAGGUACAAGGACAUGCAAAUUGGUCUGAUGUUAAUUUCAUGGGGAUCAUUGGCAAACACUUUACUAGGCCAUCUUUAACUCAUUCACCCCUAAAAUUUCAUAAUGAACUAUUCCAACCUUUGAAUUGGAAGAGUUCAAAUGUGUCUCCAGGGGUGAAUGAGUUAACAGAAACAGGUCCACAUGGUUAUCCAUGAACGGCUGUUUCAGCAUGAACAAAAGUGCCCCUAGAGAUGGAUAUUACAAAACUGAGAUUAUUUAAAGUCUAUAUGUUGCAUUUUUCUGAUUUAAUACAAAUGUAUUUUUGUCGUUAAAGUUCACUGAUGAUUGCGGGUGGUAGACUUCAUUUGUGUGUUGUACAAGUGGUUAAGUUUCUGUAUAAAUAGUGGGAGGUCAUACAGAAACUGGGAGGUCAACUAAAUAUCAGGUAUACCUAUUGUAUUUCUUGUUGAAGUAGUGCUCUGGUUAUAUUUCCUUAUUCAUGCAGAUGGAAGAAUUAUGAAACCAUGGGAUUGUAUCUGGGUUUUUUUGUCGUACAGUGACACCUUAUCAACAUCGUCGUUGUGAAGAGAUGUUUCAAUACCUUAUUGAGGGAGAUGUAUUAAGGACUUAUAAGAAAAGAAAAUUGGGACUUUCAAAUAUGUCGGUGGUAUAUUAAAGAAGUUCAAUCAUGAAAUCAGGGGCGUUAUAUUCAGGUUUUACUGUAUGUUGAUAUGAAACCAGAUUGAUGAAUUUUAAAAACAGUUUCUCAUUUUAUCAUUGACAAGCACAUAACCAGUGUCCCAGGUCCCGUUUAAACUGUUUCUACCAAUGAGGGUCAACACUGGGGAAAAAACCUCUGUCUGAAUGAAGUAGUACCUAUGCGUCAUUGACCCGUUUUGGAGAAAAAAACAUUUCUCUAAGCAAAUAAGUAAAUAUGAUAGUUUGAUAUGAAUUUUACUUACCUUGUACACACAAAAAUGAAACCAACCUUUGCAUGUGGAUGUUUUAUGAUUUUGCUGUUGAUAUUUGUAGACAAUUUGUGGGGUUUUUUUUGUUUUAUUUUUGAAGUGAAGAAGAAAAUUUGUGAAAUAAAUUGGGAUUUAAGUGAUAUGCUUGCGGGAAAAGGUAAUUUUUAGUUUGUGAAAACAAAAGUUGAUAUGUUUAUUUCUGCUAAAUACAAGCUCCAUAGGGACGAUAGGUUACAUUCAUGUGACCGUGAACCAUUGUCCGUGAGAGUCAAACAUUCCAAUAACAAUGUUUCAUUACGUUUAAUCAUUAUUGGUGCUUAUGCCCCUGCUGUACAUGUAGAUGUAUACGUACGUGUAUUAGUAAAAUAGCAUCAGAGCCAAUUCCCCUUAUCACUUUCAUUUCAGGGGAUGAUCCACCACAUAUUUUAAAAUUAAAAGAUACUUGUGAACAUUUAUACAAAUACGAUCAAACAAGGAACAUCAACCUGUUGUUGUAUCCGUGGAAAAAAAUAGCCCUCUCAUCACUGUACAACGUAAUGGACUCAUCUAGAUCAAUGCCUGGGAGAGUCUACUAAAGUUGCAUUGGGGUGAAAGGGUUAAAAUUCUUUCAUA